AUGCGGGUGUCACUGAUGUCGCUCUGGGACCUCCGUUGCAACCCGUGGUGCUGUCACUGUGGCCUGCGCUGGCUACUGGCCUGGCUGGGCGCCCGCCCCUCCCCCACCGGCCCCGAGGGCGGGGGGCGCUGCCAGGGGCCCCUCCCCCACCAGGGCACCCCCCCUGGCGCUGCUGAGCCCGCGACAGCUCCAGUGCCAGCGCCACGAGCUGCAGCCGUUCCAGUCCCUGCCGUUCUCAUCCCUCGGGGCCGCGCUGUUCUGGCUCGGGGGACACCCGGGGGUGGCGCUGGCCAGCCGGUGGCCGGGGGCUGCGCCCUGCUGGAGUGGGACCAGCUCGGGGGGAGGUUCCGGGCCCAGACCGUCAUCAACUGCUCCUCCCCCGUUGCCUGCCACCCCCUGGCCGUUGGUGACACCCUGCUGCUGGUGGUGGCCCAGCUGGGCGGCAGCUCCUGGGUUUGGCGCUGCUCCAGUGGCCCCGACUCGCCCUUCAUCCGCCACCAAGCGCUGGGCUCGGGCCAGCUCCACCGUCCCCAUGCCAUCACCACCGCUCGCCUCGGUGGCCACCUCUACCUGGGGGUGGCCGACAGCUCCAAGGGCGGCACCAGCACCGUGUUUCGCUGGAGUUCCGGAGGGUUCUACCCGCACCAGCGGCUGCGGCCGUGGCAGCGCGACACGCACCUGGAGUUCCUGGAGCUGGGCGGGCGCGCGGCGCUCGUGGUGUGCAGCGCGGCGCGGCGGCCGCUGGUUUACCACUGGAGCGGCGGCGGCUUCGCACCUCACACCGACAUCCCGCACGUGCCCGACGUGUACGCGGCCAAGCACUUCCGGGUCAAGGGCAGCGUGUUCCUGUGCCUGAUGAGGUUUUUGGGGGAUGCCAAGGUGAUGCGCUGGGAGGGCUCCAUGUUCCGCGAGGUGCAGCAGGUGCCGGCCCGCGGCUCGCUGGUGUUCCAGCCGCUGCUCCUGGCGGGCCAGCGCUACGUCCUGCUGGGCAACGACUUCGCGCCGAGCCGUGUGUUCCGCCUGAGCGCCGGCGGCCGCCUGGAGCCUGGCCAGGAGCUGGCGGCGCCCGCGCCCCGCGUCUUCGUCGCGCUGGCUGCGGGCCGGCAGCACUUCCUGCUGGCCACCAGCUUCAAGGGGGCCAUGCAGAUCUACGCGCACGUCACCGAGGACAUCGGGACGUGAGGGGACAGCGGGGAUGGUGGCCACUGUGUCACCGUGUCACCAAGGACAUCGGCACCUAAGGGGACGGUGGGGAUGGUGGGCACCGUGUCAUCGUGUCACCGAGGACAUCGGGAUGUGAGGGGACAGUGGGGAUGGUGGGCACCAUGUCACCGAGGACAUCGGCACAUGAGGGGAUGGUGGCCAUUAUGUCACUGAGGACAUCGGCAUGUGAGGGGACAGCAGGGACAGUGGCCACCAUGUCACCAAGGACAUCUGGGGACAGUGGCCACCGCGUCAUCGAGGAUAUUGGGACAUGAGGGGACAAUGGCCACUGUGUCACCGAGGACAUUGGAAUGUGAGGGGAUGGUGGCCACUGUGUCAUAGUGUCACCGAGGACAUCGGCACCUAGGGACAGCAGGGACAGUGGCCACUGUGUCACCGAGGACAUUGAGACAUGAGGGGACAUCAGGGGACAGUGGCCACCGUGUCACCAAGGACAUCUGGGGUCAGUGGCCAUCACGUCAUUGUGGACAUUGGGACAUGAGGGGACAUCUGGGACAGUGGCCACCACGUCACCAUGGACACUGGGACAGCUGGGACAGUGGCCACCAUGCUGUCAAGGACAUUGGGACAUCAGGGGACAGUGGCCAUCACGUCAUUAUGGACAUUGAGACAUGAGGGGACAGCUGGGACAGUGGCCACCACGUCACCAUGGACACUGGGACAGCUGGGGACAGAUGGCGACAGUGGCCACCAUGCUGCCAAGGACAUUGGGACAUCGGGGACAGUGGCCAUCACGUCACCGAGGACACCUGGGGACACCAUGGGGACAUCCCCGAGGGCUCGGUCACCUGAGGGACGCGGGGACAUUGACCGGACACCAGCGGGGACGUGGGGUCACCCAAUGUCUCCAAGGCCACCAUUGACCUGAUGUCCCCCUCCUGGUGCCACCAUCGCUCUGAUGUCCCCAAGGACACCAUCACUGACCCAAUGUCCCCAAGGCCAUCACUGUCACCUCAAUGUCAUAAUUGGUCUCGUGUCCUCGAUGGUGCCACCAUCACCUCAAUGUCCCCAAGGCCGUUGUCACCCCCAAUGUCACCCCUGCCUUGGUGUCACCUUCUGGUGGCAUCAGCACUCAGUGUCCCCAAGGCCACCAGCGACCCGAUAACCCCAAGGCCACCACUGUCACCCUGCUGUCCCCUCCUGGUGCCACCAUCACCCAGUGUCACCAAGGCCACCGCUGUCACCUCAGUGUCACCAUUGGUCUCAUGUCCUCGAUACUGCCACCAUUGCCUCGAUGUCCCCAAGGCCACCAGUGUCACCCCCAGCAUCACCCCUGCCUUGGUGUCACCUCCUGGUGCCAUCCUCACCCAAUGUCCCCAAGGCCACCAGUGACCCGAUGGCACCUCGGCCUCGUGUCACCUGCUGGUGCCACCAUGCCGCUGUCCCCAAGGCCACUGUCACCCUGAUGUCACCAAGGCCACCGUUGGCCAAAGCCACCACUGCCAUCUCAGUGUCAUCACCGGUCUCAUGUCCUCAAUGGUGCCACUGUCACCUCAAUGUCCCCAAGGCCACCACGGUCACCCCAAUGUCCCCUCCUGGUGCCACCAAGGCCCCGAUGUCCCCAAGGCCACCACUGACCCAAUUCCCCCAAUGCCACCGGGCACCCGAUGUCCCCAAAGCCACUGUCACCUCGAUGUCCCCAAGGCCACCACUGACCCAAUGUCCCCUCCUGGUGCCACCUCUCUGUGCUGUCCCCAGGGCCACCAGCAACCUGAUGUCCCCAAAGUCACUGUCACCCCGAUGUCACCAUUGGUUUUGUGUCACCUGCUGCUGCCACCAUCACCCAAUGUCACCUCCUGGUGCCACCAUGGCUAUGAUGUCCCGAAGGCCACCAUCACUGACCCAGUGUCACCAAGGCCAGCAUCACUCAAUGUCACCAUUGGCCUUGUCUCCCCUCCCGGUGCCACCAUCACCUCGAUGUCCCCAAGGCCACUGCUGUCACCCCAAUGUCCCCUCCUGGUGCCACCAUCUCCCAAUGUCCCUAAGGCCACCACUGUCACCUCAGUGUCA